GCCGCGGCUGAGCGACUCGGUCAUAAGUUGAUGGAAUCAAUGCGUGAACUUCAUAAGCAACUGGAGACGAUCCCGAUUCGAAGCGAAGACUCUUCGGCGAAUCUGAUGGCGAUGGCUGCUGGAGCACCGUCAAGCAGCACGGCAUCGCCAUUGACCCCAUCAACGGCCAUUCCAACUGCCAGCAGUCAACCAAGUACAUCGUCUCGUCGAACUACUGUCAAUAGAUACGAUGAAUCGACGGUAGUGGUGGAUGGUUUAAGUAAUUGGCGUGAGGUGAUGAAUAAGUGCGAAUGUGAUGAACUGCAGUUGCCGAUUAUACGUGCGAUAAUUGACAAACACGGCCUGCAGAACACUUUACUGCGGACACUACAAAUCAUUAUUAAAAUGAAACAAGCGUUCGAUACGGCCAAU